UGUUUUUCAAUGAUGAGUAGGAUGACCAACUGGAUGAGGCGGGAGUUAAGCACGAUCCAUGCUCAGAUUACAUGCAAUAUCGUCCAUCACAACGGGACUCUUUUACCAAAAAGCCUAGUGCUGAUGAGAAGAUCCGACAGCCGGAAGAAAAGGAUGACGAACUGGAUGAGGCGGGGAUUAAGCACGAUCCAUGCUCAGAUUACAUGCAAUAUCGUCCAUCACAACGGGACUCUUUUACCAGAAAGCUUAGUGCUGAUGAGAAGAUCCGACAGCUGGGAGAAAAGGAUGACGGACUGGAUGAGGCGGGGGUUAAGCACGAUCCAUGCUCAGAUUACAUGCAAUAUCGUCUAUCGCAACGAGACUCUUUUACCAGAAAGCUUAGUGCUGAUGAGAAGAUCCUACAGCAGGAAGAAAAGAUCUCAUGUCUAAGAAAGCUCGGUGCUGCUCAGAAGGUGAUGCACCAACUGGGAGAAAAGGACUUUGAUACCAGAAAGCUCAGUGAUGGUCAGAAGAUCCAACAGCCAGGAGAAAAGUGGGAAGACAGAUUGUAUGAGCCAAAGGAUCAGCACCAGAGACACCAGGAUGAGAUGCAACAUCCUCUGUCACAAUGGGACUCAGCCACCAGAAAGCCCAGUGCUGGACAGAAUAAGAUUCAACAGGGGGGAGAAAAGGAGGGUAGAUUGCAUGAGCCAGAAGAUGAGCAACAGCGAAGUCAGGAUAGGAUGCGAUAUAAUACAUCACAAUGGGACUCACCUGCCAGAAAGCUGAGUGCUAGAGAGAAGAAGAUGAAACAGGUGGGGGAAAAGGAAGAGGAUGAAUCAGAGAGUGAAUAUCAGAAACACCAGGAUGAGAUGCAACCUCAUCCAUCAACACGGGACUCAACUUCAACAAGACGCAGUACUGUUGAGAAGACCCAACCCCUAGCAGAAGAGAAGGACAUUAAGCCAGAAGAGGAGAAGCAGAAACAACAGGAUAAGAUGGAGCGUCCUCCAUCAGCACAAGAUACGAAUGUAAGAAGGUGCUGUAUUGAAGACAUGCAAUUCCUACCAGAGGAGGUGGCUAAGUUAGAGGAGGAGAAGCAGUUACAACGGGCUAGGAUGGAACGUCAUCCAUCAAUACAAGUCUCAGUUUCAACAAAGCGCAGUACUGCCGGGAACAUUCAACCCCCAGCAGAAGAGGAGGGUGAGCCAGAGGAGGAGAAGCAGAGACGCCGGGAUACGAUGGAACGCCAUCCAUCAAAACGGGACUCUACUUCAUCAAGGCGCAGUACUGUUGAGAAACCCCUAGCAGAAGACGAGGAUGAGUCAAAAGAUGAGAAGCAGAGACGCCGGGAUACGAUGGAACAUCGUCCAUCAACACGGGACUCAAUUUCACCAAGACGCAGUACUGUCGAGAUUAUUCAACUCCCAACAGAAGAGGAGGGUGAGUCAGAGGAGAUGGAGAGACGCCGGGAUACGAUGGAACGUCGUCCAUCAAAACGGGACUCUGCUUCAUCAAGGCACAGUACUAUUGUGAAGAUUGAAUUCCCAGCAAAAGAGGAGUCAGAGGAUGAGAAACAGAGACUAAAGGAUAGGAUGGAACGUCGUCCAUCAACACGGGACUCAGCUUCAAGGAGGCGCAGUAGUCCUGAGAAGAUCCAACUCCCAGCAGAAGAGGAGGAUGAGUCAGAGGAGGAGAAGCAGAGACGCCGGGAUACGAUGGAAAGUCAUCCAUCCAAACGAGACUCAAUUUCAAGAAGGCGCAGUACUAUUGAGAAGAUUCGACCCCUAGAAGAGGAGGAUGAGGAAGAGAAACAGAGACUCCGGGAUAAGAUGGACCGCCACCCAUCAAUACGGGACUCUAUUUCAAGAAGGCGCAGUACUGUUGUGAAGAUCCAACCCAUAGCAGAAGAGGAGGAGGAAGACGAAGACAAUGAGAAGCAGAGACCACGGAAUAGGGUGGAACGUCAUCCUUCAAUACGGGACACGACUUCAGUACCAUGCUGUUCUGUUGAGAUAAUCCAACCAGCGAAGGAGAAGGAAGAGGAGGAGAAGCAGAGAGCACGGGCUAGAAUAGAACGUCAUCCAUCAAUAUGGGACUCAGCUUCAAGAAGGCGCAGUAGUCCUGAGAAGAUCCAAUUCCCAACAGAAGAGGAGGAGGAUGAGUCAGAGGAUGAAGACCAGAAACAUCAGCAUAAGAUACGUCAUCAUCCAUCAAAACGAAGCUCAAGUUCUAAAAGGCGCAGUACUGCUGAGAAGAUCCAACCCCAAAACGAAGCGGUGAGCACAGCCAGUAUCACCAAAAUGGUGGUAAAGGGAUGCAAUUGUGGACAGGAGAAUGAGUCAGAGGAUGAGAAGCAGAGACACCGUCGUCCAUCAAAACGAGGCUCGUCUUUAAGAAGGCGCAGUAGUCCUGAGACGAUCCAAUCACUGGCAGAUCCGGUGAGCGCAGCCAAACCACUGCAGGAUGAGUUAGAGGAUGAGAAGCAGAGACGCCGGGAUACAAUGGAAAGUCGUCCAUCCAAACGGGACUUGACUUCAAGAAGGCGCAGUAGUCCUGAGAAGAUCCAACUACUGGUCGACCAGGAGUAUGAGUCAGAGGAUGAGAAGCAGAGACGCCGGGAUACAAUGGAAAGUCGUCCAUCCAAACGGGACUUGACUUCAAGAAGGCGCAGUAGUCCUGAGAUCCAACCAUUGGCUGACCAGGAGGAUGAGUCAGAGGAUGAGAAAGAGAGACACCGUCAUCCAUCAAAACGAGGCUCGUCUUUAAGAAGACGCAGUAGUCCUGAGACGAUCCAAUCACUGGCAGAUCCGGAGGAUGAGUCAGAAGAUGAAAAGCAGAGACGCCGGGGUACAAUGGAAAGUCGUCCAUCAAAACGGGACUCAGCUUUAUCAAGGCACAGUACUAUUUUGAAGAUCAAAUUCCCAGCACAAAAGCAGUUGGAACAUCAUCCAUUAAAACAAGACCAAGCUUCAAGAAAGCGCAGUACUGUCGAGAGGAUCCAAUCCCUACCUGAAAAGGAGGAUGAGUCAGAGGAUGAGAAACGGAGACCAAGGGAUAGGAUGGAACGUCAUUCAUCAACACGGGAUUCAGCUUCAAGGAGGCGCAGUAGUCCUGAGAAGAGCCAACUCCCAGCAGAAGAGGAGACGGAUGAGUCAGAGGAGGAGAACCAGAGACACCGUCGUCCAUCAAAACGAGGCUCGUCUUUAAGAAGGCGCAGUAGUCCUGAGACAAUCCUAUCACUGGCAGACCUGGAAGAGGAUGAGUCAGAGGAGGAGAACCAGAGACACCAUCGUCCAUCAAAACGAGGCUCAUCUUUAAGAAGGCGCAGUAGUCCUGAGACGAUCCAAUCACUGGCAGAUCUGGAAGAUGAUGAGUCAGAGGAGGAGAACCAGAGACAUCGUCGUCCAUCAAAACGAGGCUCGUCUUUAAGAAGGCGCAGUAGUCCUGAGACAAUCCAAUCACUGGUAGACCAGGAGGAAGAUGAGUCGGAAGAGGAGAAACAAAGAUCACCAUGUUGGCUAUCAAAACAAGACUCGUCUUUAAGAAGGCGCAGUAGUCCUGAGACAGUCCAAUCACUAGCCGACCAGGACAUGAAAGGGCUGAAUGAGCCCAAGGAUGAGAACCAGAUGCAACCUUAUUCAUUUCAAUUGGAAUCAACUACAAUCAAGGUCUCUAGUGCCGAGAUUAUCAAACAGCAAGCAGAAAAGGACUCACCUACAAGAAAGCUCAGUGAUGCUAAGAAGAUACAAAAGCAGGAACAGCAGGACUCUCCUAAAAGGAAGCACAGUACUGCUGAGAAAAAGAUGCAACAGACAGAAAAGGAGUCAACGAAAAGGAAGCACAGUGCUGCUGAAAAGAAGCAACAACAGGCAGAAAAGGACUCACCUAAAAAGAAGCUCAGUGAUACGGAGAAGAUACAACAGCAAAUAGAAAAGCAGGAGGACAGAUUGAAUGAUCUCGAGGAUGAGAACGAGAGCCUUAGGAAUAAAAUGCAAUAUUAUUCUUUACAACUGGAUUCUACUACAAUCAAGCUCUCUUAUGCUGAGAAGGCUCAGGAGCAAGCAGAAAAGGAAAAGGGAAGACUGGAUGAGCUCAAGGAUGAGAACCAGAACCUCCGGGAUAAGAUGCACUGUUAUUCAUCACAACUCGAAUCUGCUACAAGAAAGCUCAGUGCUGCUGAGAAGAUGAUGCAACAACACCUAGAACAGAAGGAGAAGGACAGAAUGAAAGAGCUUGAGAAUGAGAAUCAGAAUCUUCGGGAUAAGAUGCAAUGUUAUUCGUAUCAACUGGACUCAGCUAACAGAAAACUCAGUGCUGCCGAGAAGGAGAUGCAACAACAGGCAGAAAAGAAAAAGGACAGAAUGAGUGAACUUGAGGACGAGAACCAGCACCUCAGAGAUAAGAUGCAAUGUUAUUCCUUGCAACUUGACUCAGCUGCAAGUAAGAUCAAUGAUGUUGAGAAGAUCCAACAGCAGGCAGAAAAGAAGACUGAAAGAUUGAAUAAGCUUGAAGAUGAAAAUCAGAAUCUCCGUGAUAAGAUGCAAUGUUAUUCAUGGCAACUCGAUUCAGCUACAAGAAAGCUCAGUGCUGCUGAGAAAAUGAUGCAAGAGCAGUCGGAAAAGGAAAAGGACAGAUACAAUGAGCUCAAGAACGAGAAUCAGUGUCUCCAGGAUAAGAUGCAAUUUUAUAGAUUGCAACUGAACUCAGCUUCGAUCAAAAUCAGUUGUGCUGAGAAGCUCCAACAGGAUGCACAACAGGAGAAAACCAAAUUGAAUGAACUCGCAAAUGAGAACCAGAAUCUCCGAGAUAAGAUGCAAUGUUAUUCAUUGCAACUGGACUCAGCUAACAGGAAGCUCAAUGCUACUGAGAGAGAGAUGCAACAACAGGCAGAAGAGCAGAGAGACAGAUGGCAUGAGCUCGAGGAUGAAAACCAGAAUCUCCGGGAUAAGAUGAAAUGCUGUUCAAUGAGACUCGAAUCAGCUACCAGAAAGCUCAGUGCUGCUGAGAAGCAGAUUCAACAGCAGGCAGAAAAGGAGAAGGACAGACCCUAUGAGUCCAAGGAGGAAAACCAGUGUCUCCCAAAAAAGAGAGAGUGUUAUUCCUUGCGAGGGGAGUCGCUUCCAAGAAAGCUCAGUGAUCCUGAGAAGACCCCACAACAGGCAGUAAAGGAUUCAACUACAAGAAGACUCAGUGCUGCUAAGAAAAAGAUGCUUCAUCAAGCUGAAAAGGAGGAGGACAGAUCCUCUGAAUCCGAGGAUGACAACGUGAUUAUCAGGGAUAAGACCUCAUACUGUCCAUUUCAACGGGGUUCAUCAUCAAGAAAACUUAUUUCUCCUGAAAGGAAGCUCCUUCAGCAACAAGAAAAGGACAGAUUCUCUGAGUCCGAGGAUGACAACGUGAUUAUCAGGGAUAAGACCUCAUACUGUCCCUUUCAACGGGGCUCAUCAUCAAGAAGACUUAGUGCUCCUGAGAGAAGGAUCCUUCCACAAGCAGAAAAGGAAUCAUCCAAAAGAAGAUUUAGUGCACGUAAGAAGAGCCUUCCACAAGCAAAAAAGGAGGACCAAUCCUCUGAGUCCGAAGAUGACAACCUCAUUAUCAGGGAUAAAAUCCCAUCCUGCUCAUUUACAAGAAGACUUAGUGCUGCUGAGAGGAAGAUCCUCCAGCAGGCAGAAAAGGAGGAAGACCAAUCCUCUGAGUCUGAGGAUGACAAAGUGAUUGUCAGGGAUAAGACCUCAUACUGUCCCUAUCUACGGCGCGCAUCAUCAAGAAGACUUAGUGCUCCUGAAAGGAGGAUCCUUCAGCAGGCAGAAAAGGAGUCAUCAACAAGAAGACAUAGUGCACCUGAGAAGAGGAGCCUUCCACAAGCUGAAAAGGAGGAAGACCAAUCCUCUGAAUCCGAAGAUGAGCACCUCAUUAUCAGGGAUAAGACUCCAUCCUCUUCAUUUCAACGGGGUUCAUCUAUAAGAAAACUUAGUGCUGCUGAGAAGAAGAUCCUCCAGCAGGCAGAAAAAGACUUACCCACAAGAAGACUUAGUGUACCUGAGAAGAAGUCCCUUGUAGAGGCAGUAAAGGAGGAAGACCAAUCCUCUGAGUCCGAGGAUGACAACCUUAUUGUCAGGGAUAAGAUACAAUACUAUUCAUUGAAACGGGGCUCAUCUACAAGAAGACUUAGUGCUACUGAGAAAAUCAUCCUUCAGCAAAUAGAAAAGGAGGACAGAUCGUACAAGAACGAAUAUAAUCCAGUGCAACGGGACUCAUGUACAAGAACACUUAGUGCUCCUGAGAAGAUGAUGCUUCAGCAGCCAGAAAAGGACUUAUUUUCCAGAAAAUUCAGUGUUGCUGAGAAGAAGAUUCUUAAGCAGGCAAAAAAGGAGAAGGAUAGAUCCAAUGAGCCCGAGGAUGACAACCUGAUUCUCAGAAAUAAAAUGCAAUACUAUCUAUUGGAACGGGACUCAUCUACAAGAAAACUUAGUGCUGCUGAGAAGAAAAUCCUUCAGCAGGCAAAAAAGGACUUAUUUUCCAGAAAACUCAGUUCUGCUGAGAAGAAGAUUCUUAUGGAGGCAGAAAGGGAGGAUAUAUCCUCUGAGUCUGAGGAUGACAGCCUGAUUUUCAGAGAUAAGUGUCAAUACUAUCCAUUGGAACGGGACUCAUCUACAAGAAGACUUAGUCUUGCUGAAAAGAUGAUGCUUCAGCAGGCAGAAAAGGACUUGUUUCCCAGAAAAUUCAGUGCUACUGAGAAGAUGAUUCUUAAGCAAGUAGAAAGGGAGAAGGAUAGAUCCUCUGAGUCUGAAGAUGACAGCCUGAUUCUCAGAGAUAAGAUCAAAUACUAUCAAUUGCAACGGGACUCAUCUACAAGAAAACUUAGUGCUGCUGAGAAGAAUUUCCUUCAGCAGGCAGAAAAGGACUUAUAUUCCAGAAAACUCAGUUCUGCUGAGAAGAUGAUUCUUAAGCAGGUAGAAAGGGACAGAUCCUUUGACUCUGAGGAUGACAGCCUGAUUCUCAGAGAUAAGAGUCAAUAUUGUCCUUUGGAACGGGACUCAUCUACAAGAAGACUUAGUGCUACUGAAAAGAUGAUACUUCAGCAGGCAGAAAAGGAGAAGGAUAGUUCCUAUGGGUCCAAGAAUGACAGCCUGAUUUUCUGGGAUAAGAUACAGCAUUAUCUACUGCCACGGGACUCAUCUUCUAGAAGUCUCAGUACUGCUGAGAAGAUCCUUCGGCAGGCAGAAAAGGUGGACAGAUUUUAUGAGCCCGAGGAGGACACCCUGAGUCUCAGAGAUAAGAGGCACUGUUAUCCAUCACAACAGGACUCACCUACAAGAGGGCACAGUUGUACUGAGAAGAUCCUUCAGCAGGCAGAAAAGGACAAAUCAUAUGAUCAUGAGGAUGAGAACCAGAUUGUACAGUAUAAGCCACACUGUUGUUCAUCACAAUGGGACUCUACAACAAGAAGACUCAGCACUCCUGAGAAGACGCUCCAACAACAGGCAGAAAAGGAGAAGAAUCGAUGCUGUGAGCCCGAGGAUUACAAGCAGAGUAUCCAGAAGAUGCACUGUUAUCCAUCGCAAUGGGAACCACUCACAAGACGACACAGUUCUGCUGAGAAGACCAUCCAACAGCAGGCAGAAAGGGACUCACCUACAAGAAGACACAGUUCAGCUGAGAAGAGCCUUCAGCCGGCAGAAAAGGACAAAUUAAACGAACCUGAGGCUGAGACCCAGCAAUGUGAUUCACCUUCAAGAAAGCUUUGUGCUGCUGAAAAGAUCCAAGAGCAGGUAGAAAAGGAGAAGGAGAAAGUGGGUAAACUAGAGGAGGAGAACGAGAUCCUCCGGGAUGCACUGAAACAUUGUACAAAGCAAUUGGACUCAACUGCAAACAAACUCGAGACUGCUGAGAAGGCGACCGAGGUGAAGGAAAAUGAGGUGAUGUGCCAGAAAGAACCUCUGAAACAAGAAAAAGAUCAGCAAAAGCCUGAAAAACAGGAUCAAAAGAAUGAGCUCAAAGAUACGCCCUCCCUUCCGGAGCCACCUCAAAAGUCAUCAGAUGCUUAUCAAGACAAUCUAAAGGAGGCUCUGAAGAAGCUCUAUCAGGCCAACCUGGAGGCAGUCAUGCUUCGCCAAGAGUUACAGCAGACCCAGAAGAAGAAGUCUCAGCUGGAGGAGGAGACAUGUGCUUAUAAGAACCGCAUGAAAAAGCUCAAUGGGGAGCUGAAGAAACUCCAGGACUUCCACCAGCAGAGUGAGGAAGAGGUUGAAGCCUUCAUUCAGCAGAUCGAAGAUAUGAACUAUCAGUUGGCCUUCUGGCAGAAGACACAUGAGAAUGACCUUCAGUUCUUGGCAGCCAAAGAUGAGCAGCUUGUGAUCUUUAAGGUGGAAAUGGCCUCCCUCAAGGAGAACCUACGGGAAGAAGAGAAAAGGAAAGACUUUCUACAGGAUGAAAUCUCCAUCUUAAAGCACAGAUAUAUAUCAACUAGCUGUGAGGUGGAAGCCCUUCGGAACAGCCUGGGGCAUGCUCACAAGGACACCUGGACACUUCAACAGGAGAGUGAAAUGGUGGCAUGUAAUGUACAUCAUUGGGUGAAAGAACAAAAAGACAACACUGAGCUAUUAGGAUCCACAAUCCAAGAGCAGGUCAAAUGCAUUUGCCAACUGACUGAUGAAAAGGACCAUCUCCACAACGUGAUGGUCCAUUUGCAGCAUGAAAACAAGAAGCUGAGGAAAGAAAUAGAUCAUAGGCGUCAAAAAAAUGAGCAUCUGAUGGUUCCUCAAUAUGAUAUUACAAUUCCUUGCAUUGAAUAUCAUCUCAUGUCACAGUGCUCAGGAGAGAACUGAGUUUGCAGCCUCAUGACUUAUCUAAUCAACUCCCACUGAGGACCUGCUAUGGCAAGAACCCUAUUUUGCCUAUGCUCCUAAAUGCUUUUCAGCU